CUAGAAUACCCCUUGGGAGUUGUAAAGCAGCAAAGGAAGCAAGCUAUACCAGCCUCUCCACCCUCCUCCAGCACUGAAGGAAGGUUCAACUCUGGCUCCACUGAUCCAGUACAAUGAUCUGGAUACUUCAAGUAUUGUUUUCACCACUCCCAACACCAGCAUUGAUCAGUCUCAUUGCAUUUGGAGCUGUCAUCUUCCUGUGGGUGAUAAGCAGGCCAAAACCUCUUUUACCUCCUGUUGACUUGAACAAGCAGUCGAUAGGAAUUGAGGGAGGAGCCAGAAGAGCUGCACUCUUGACAGAUAAUAACCUGCUUUCUUAUUACUUUGAAGAUGCUAAAACCCUGUAUGAAGUUUUCCAGAGAGGAGUGAGUAUUUCUGGAAAUGGUGACUGUCUAGGCUACAGGAAACCCAAGCAACCUUAUCAGUGGCUGACAUAUAAACAGGUUUUGGACAGAGCUAAAUACCUGGGAUCAGGGCUUCUGCAAAAAGGAUGCCAACCAUCAUCAAGCCAGUUUAUUGGCAUUUUUGCUCAGAAUAGGCCAGAGUGGGUCAUUUCAGAGUAUGCCUGCUACACCUACUCAAUGGUUGCUGUUCCACUCUAUGACACUCUGGGACCAGAGGCUAUUGUAUAUAUUGUUAACAAAGCUGACAUAAGUGUGGUGAUCUGUGACACGCCUGCGAAGGCAGAGGUCUUGCUUAAGAACUGUGAGGACAAGAAGACCCCAUGUCUGAAGAUUAUUGUUCUCAUGGAUCUCUUUGAUAAAGAGCUCAAGGACAGAGGAGUUAAAGUGGGAAUUGAAAUUCUGUCGCUGCAGGAGGCUGAGGAGCUGGGAAGAAACAACAUCAGAGAACCAGUUCCUCCUAAGCCUGAAGAUCUUUCUGUUGUGUGUUUUACAAGUGGAACCACAGGUAACCCUAAAGGAGCCAUGCUGACACAUCAGAAUGUUGUUUCAAAUGCUGCUGCCUUCCUUAGAUGCACAGAGAACACAAUUGAGUGUACAAGUUCAGAUGUUGCCAUUUCCUAUCUUCCUCUGGCUCACAUGUUUGAGAGAGUUGUACAGACUCUUAUAUUCAGCUGUGGAGCAAAAGUAGGCUUCUUCCAAGGAGAUAUCAGGCUGCUAACAGAUGACAUGAAAACCUUGAAGCCAACGCUAUUUCCAGUUGUACCAAGACUGCUGAACAGAAUCUAUGACAAGAUCCAGAGUGGUGCAAACACCCCAGUAAAGAAUUUCCUAUUAAAAUUUGCUGUGUUUAUGAAGAUGGCUGAAAUAAAACAGGGCAUCAUUCGAAAUGACAGCAUUUGGGACAAGCUAGUCUUCAAAAAAGUUCAGGAAAACAUGGGUGGAAGAGUGCGUAUCAUGGUGACAGGCGCAGCCCCUAUAUCUCCCUCUGUCCUGACAUUUCUGAGAGCAGCAUUAGGCUGUCAGAUCUUUGAAGGUUAUGGCCAGACUGAAUGCUCAGCUGGAUCCACUUUCUCAAUGCCUGGAGACUGGACAACAGGCCAUGUUGGAGCCCCUCUGGCUUGUAAUAUCAUAAAACUAGAUGAUGUGGAAGAAAUGAGCUACUUCUCUUCUAACAAUGAAGGCGAGGUCUGCAUUAAAGGACCAAAUGUGUUCAAGGGUUAUCUGAAAGACCCUGAGAAGACAGCAGAAGCAAUUGAUAAAGAUGGCUGGCUCCACACUGGAGACAUAGGGAAAUGGUUGCCAAAUGGAACACUGAAGAUCAUUGAUAGGAAGAAGAAUAUAUUUAAACUUGCACAAGGAGAAUACAUUGCUCCAGAGAAGAUAGAAAAUGUCUAUAUCAGAAGCACUACUGUAGCCCAGGUCUUUGUACAUGGGGAAAGUCUGAGGUCUUAUCUAAUAGGUAUAGUGGUUCCUGAUGCUGAGAUGCUUCCAGAAUUUGCAGCAAAACUGGGAGUCAAAGGUUCCUUUGAAGAGCUCUGCAAAAACCCGGCAGUGAAGAAAGCUAUUUUAGAUGAUAUGAUCAGACUGGGGAGAGAGGCUGGCCUUAAAUCCUUUGAACAAGUUAAAGACCUAUACAUCCACACAGAGUUGUUUUCUGUAGAAAAUGGACUCUUGACACCAACACUGAAGGCAAAGCGAGGAGACCUUGUCAAAUACUUCCAGAAGGAGAUUGAGGCCCUCUAUUCAUCUACUCAGGAAUAA